CCGCCCGUUGGCUGUCCAGCCGGGUCAGUGUCAUUCGGUUUGUUUUUAUCAGUCAAAGGGAACCGCAGACCUCAAAAGUUUCAAUGUUUACUACUGGUCGCAAAAAGCUUUUCGCAGAAGACAGACUCGAGUAUUUAAUAUUGGAUCAGCAUUGGAACUAAACGGGGUCUUAGUAUGGACAUAAACGAUGUGGAACUAUCCCUGGAGGAAUUGCCCAGCUCGGAGGGGAGUUUCUCAAGCACUGCAACGGGACAGUGCUGCAGCUCAGGCAGGGAUUUGGAGAAGGCGGAGAACUUGGUUGACCCAAGAAAUCUCAAUGAAGUGGAGGCAGCUCAAGGAAAGCCAAGGAAAUCAGUCAGCGAUCUAUCGGGUGGCAAUAGCUAUGCCACAAAUAAAAAUGUGGCUGAAGGCCUCAUGGAUAUAGCUCUUCUCUCCGCGAAUGCCAACCAACUGCGAUUCCUGAUCACCUACAACGACAAGGCCUCCACCUAUAUAUACAGCCUGAUUCUGGUGAUACUCUCGUUGAGCCUGCAGCUGCUCGUAGGUCUUAUGCUUAUUUUUAAAAGACGUCUUAAGCGCUGCCAGCGUCGGCGCUAUGCGAGAACCAAUGAACUACUGGUAAUGGGAGUGUUCAUGAUCACCGUGAUCAAUAUACUGCUGGCAGCCUUCACCACAACGGACGGAAAUACGCAUUAG